AUACAGAUUUAAUCAUUCCCAGCAUCUAUAGACUAUGAUAAACUAACUUUGCAUCCGAACGGGGUGUGCCCAGAUUGUGACAAGCGAAACCACGUUUACACAGAUUCUGCAGACUGCACGCGGGUGCAGGAAUGAUUCUGCAGAUUGCAUGCAGGUGCAGGAACCUCCCGCUGCCGCUUCGGGCCAGAGUUCACCCAGCUGGGAACCAAUAAAGAUGAGCGUGUUCUGGGGGGAGGGGGGUCCUAGUCAGUCAGGGGCUGUUGGACAUGCCUGUAAAAUAAGCUUCCUGUAAACACCCUUAAAUUUUCUAAUUUUCUUCUUCUCCUCAGUACUUACUUAGUCCUCUUCCGUUUAGUAUUUCUGUCUUGAGGAGAACAGAGCAGACUAGACAGGGCGGGGAGCUUUUCGGGUGCAAUUGGCCUGGCGAUCGCGGCGGGCAGCCCGUAGGAGGUCCCCGGCUCACGUGUAGCUGGCCGCGGAGGCUCUAUCCUGAGAAGCAGAAGCGAUGAAGCCCAGACCUGCGGCGUAUGUGGAUAAUAAGCUCAAGCAGCGAGUCAUCCAGUACCUCACAAGUAACAGAUGUGGCAAAUAUGUGGACAUUGGAGCCUUAGCAUCUGAUUUGCAAAGAAUGUACAGUAUAGACUAUGGUCGAAGAAAAAGAAAUGCAUUUAGGAUACAGGUGGAAAAAGUAUUCAACAUAAUUAGUAGUGAGAAAGAAUUUAAGAAUCUAACAGAACUAGAAGAUGAGCAUCUGGCCAAAAGGGCAAGGCAAGGUGAAGAGGAUAAUGAGUACACUGAAAUUUAUUCUGAUGAAGACUCAAAUAUGGAAGACUACCCAGAUCCACAGUCAGCAAAUCACAUGAACAGUUCCCUGCUCUCUUUAUAUCGGAAAGGACAUACUGAUUCUGUUUCAAAUACACCUGAGACGGAGCAAAGAGAAACCACCGCUUCCACACCACGGAUAACUUCCAAAACAGGCUCCUUUCCUCUGAAGACCCCUACCAGAGAUUCUGAGGGAGGAUGGUUUAUUGACAAAACCCCAAGUGGAAGGAAAGAUCGUUUUUCCUUGGACCUAUCAGAUGAGAAAAGUAAUAAGAAGCCAAUGACCAAGAUACAGGAUUCAAAAGAUUCUUCCCUCCUGGAGAGUGAUAAAAAGCAGAAGGGCAGGCUAAACAGCAGAGGUAGCAAAAGGAGGAAAGAAGAUCUCCAGGAAGUAGAUGGAGAAAUAGAAGCCGUUCUACAAAAGAAAGUUAAAGCCAAGGGGCUAGAAAUGCAGAUGUCCAGUGUGAAGUUCGAAGAUGUUGGAGGCAAUGAUGCAACAUUGAAAGAAGUCUGCAAGAUGCUCAUCCACAUGCGUCACCCAGAGGUGUACCAGCACCUGGGUGUCGUGCCCCCUCGCGGAGUUCUUCUUCAUGGGCCACCAGGCUGUGGGAAGACAUUACUUGCACACGCAAUUGCUGGGGAGCUUGACCCCCCCCUGCCGAUCCUGAAAGUGGCUGCUCCAGAAAUUGUCUCUGGAGUUUCUGGAGAGUCUGAGCAGAAGCUGAGGGAACUAUUUGAGCAAGCUGUGUCAAAUGCACCCUGUAUUGUCUUCAUUGAUGAAAUUGAUGCUAUUACUCCCAAAAGAGAAGUUGCUUCAAAAGAUAUGGAACGAAGAAUUGUAGCCCAGCUCCUAACCUGCAUGGAUGAACUGAAUAACGUGGCUGCUACAGCUCGGGUCCUAGUUAUUGGAGCUACUAACCGACCAGACUCAUUAGACCCUGCUUUGAGACGCGCAGGAAGGUUCGACCGAGAAAUUUGCUUGGGAAUCCCAGAUGAAGCAUCUAGGGAAAGAAUACUUCAGACUUUGUGCAGAAAACUGAGACUCCCUGCAACUUUUAAUUUUGGUCACUUAGCACACCUAACACCAGGCUUUGUUGGUGCUGAUCUGAUGGCUCUCUGCCGAGAGGCAGCCAUGUGUGCAGUCAAUAGGGUCUUAAUGAAGCUACAGGAACAGCAGGAGAAAGAUCCUGGGGUGCAAGAUUUGCUCUCCCAAGGAGGCCCAGAGGAGAGGCUGGGGACCAAGCCCACUUCUGCGACACAGGAUGAAUUGCAAAGGCUGCUGCAGUUGCUAAGAGACCAAGAUCCUCUCUCAGAGGAGCAGAUGCAAGGAUUGUGCAUUGAAUUGAAUGAUUUCAUUGUUGCCCUGUCCUCAGUUCAGCCCUCUGCUAAAAGGGAAGGCUUUGUCACUGUCCCUAAUGUGACCUGGGCAGACAUUGGUGCCCUGGAGGAUAUUAGAGAGGAGCUCACCAUGGCAAUAUUGGCCCCAGUUCGUAGUCCAGACCAGUUCAGAGCUCUUGGAUUGCUGACUCCAGCUGGAGUCCUCCUUGCUGGUCCUCCUGGCUGUGGGAAAACUCUCUUGGCGAAGGCUGUGGCAAAUGAAUCUGGACUAAAUUUUAUUUCUGUCAAGGGUCCUGAAUUAUUAAAUAUGUAUGUUGGUGAGAGUGAACGUGCAGUACGACAGGUUUUUCAACGAGCCAAGAACUCUGCACCUUGUGUGAUAUUCUUUGAUGAAGUAGAUGCUUUAUGUCCUCGAAGAUCAGACCGAGAGACAGGAGCAAGCGUUCGAGUGGUAAACCAGCUACUCACAGAAAUGGAUGGUCUGGAAACACGUCAGCAGGUUUUUAUUAUGGCAGCCACCAACAGGCCAGACAUCAUCGACCCUGCAAUCCUGCGCCCAGGCCGGCUGGACAAAACACUCUUUGUGGGCUUGCCUCCCCCAGCAGAUCGCCUUGCCAUCCUAAAAACCAUCACAAGAGACGGCACCAAACCCCCAUUGGAUGCAGACGUAAAUUUGGAAGCCAUUGCUGGUGACCCUCGCUGUGAUUGCUAUACAGGUGCUGAUCUCUCUGCUUUGGUACGGGAAGCUUCCAUCUGUGCCCUGAAACAGGAAAUGGCAAGACAAAAGAGUGGAAAUGAAAAAGGUGAACUCAAGGUUAAUCAUAAACACUUUGAAGAAGCUUUCAAGAAAGUAAAGCCAUCUAUAUCCAAAAAGGAUCAAGUGAUGUAUGAAGCUCUACAGCAGUCCCUGUGCCGAUGACAUCUCCAGCUACCCCCGUGGGGGAGUUCUGUACAUCUAGCCAGCAGAGAAGCCCACACGUCUAAGAUGUCCACUCAGCUUGAUACACAUGUGGUCUCAUGUAAGCAUUUAUUUUCCAACUAUGAGACCAAAUUGGCACUGAAAAUUCAUCUGGCCAGCCCAUAUGAAAAUGAUCUAUUUACUUUUUUUAAGAGAAAAACUUUUUUAACUUCUUUAAUAAAUUACUUUUUUCAAAUAAAAUUUUUAUUUUGAACAAUCUUGACCAUAGAGAAGAGUUAUGAAGAACUUUUUUCCCCUGCACCAUCUGAUAAUAAAUGACUAACCUGAGACCCACAUCACUUCCUAAUGCUUUCAUGUGUUUUACCUACGCAUCAGAUAUCCUCCUACACAGCCAACCAUCAAAAUCA